CACGACUCCACACGCUUUUCCUUUUGCUUGCUGGUUUGGUUUCCUACACUACAAUGUCUUUACGCACCGCUCGCACAGCUAUGUCUUCCCUUCGGAAUUCCUCUACAGCCUCAAAACAACGACUAUCGCAAGUCCAGCGACACUUCUCUUCAACAACCUCGGCCAGACAGGAAAUACAAGAAGCUUACAUAUUGAGUGCUUCCAGGACGCCGACAGCAAAGUUCAAUGGAUCGUUCACCACCGUCUCCGCUCCCCAGCUCGGCGCGGUAGCAAUCAAAUCCGCCAUCGAGAAAUCGAAAGUUCCCAUUUCCAAGAUCACAGAUGUUUACAUGGGGAAUGUGCUCCAAGGUAAUGUCGGACAAGCUCCCGCCCGACAAGCGGCUAUCUUCGCAGGCCUUCCUUCCACCGUCGAAGCUACAACAAUCAACAAAGUAUGCGCCUCCGGUCUAAAAGCAGUUGUCCUCGCAGCACAAAACAUACAACUCGGCCUUGCAGAAGCACAAGUGGCAGGGGGAAUGGAGAAUAUGACUCGAGUCCCAUACUAUAUUCCCAGAGCCAGUGGUCUGCCAGCAUUUGGAAAUGUCCAGAUGGAAGACGGUUUGAUCAAGGACGGUCUGUGGGACGUGUACAACCAAUUUCACAUGGGCAUCUGCGCGGAAACCACGGCAAAGAAAUACGGGAUCACGAGAGGGAUGCAGGACGAAUACACAAAGCAGAGCUACUCCCGGGCUCAGGAAGCAUGGAGUAGGCAAGCCUUUAAGGACGAAAUAGCCCCUGUCACAGUCAAAGGAAGGAAAGGUGACACCAUCAUUGACACUGACGAAGGAUACCUAGAUAUCAAGCUGGACAAAGUGUCAACGCUAAAGCCGGCAUUUGUCCGAGAUGGUACGGGAACGGUUACAGCGGCCAGCUCUUCCACUUUGAAUGACGGGGCAAGUGCUUUGGUUCUGGGGAAUGCUGCCAUUGUGAGGGAGUACGGGGCAGGUUCUCGUGUUCUCGCAAGAAUCUGUGGAAGUGCAGAUGCAGCUAUCGAUCCAAUUGAUUUCCCUGUUGCUCCUGCAAAGGCCGUCCCGAUCGCUCUUGAGAGAGCUGGGAUCAAGAAGGAAGAUGUUGCUGUCUGGGAAUUCAAUGAGGCUUUUGCUGCAGUCAUCAAGGCAAACGAAAAGAUUCUCGGUCUUGAGGGGGCGAACGUAAAUCCAUUGGGUGGAGCCAUCUCUCUCGGACAUGCACUUGGCAGCUCAGGAUCGAGAAUCCUGACUACCCUGCUGCAUCAACUGAAGGUUGGAGAGUAUGGUGUUGCUGCAAUCUGUAAUGGUGGAGGGGCAGCAACCGCCAUGGUGGUGCAAAGGAUUGAUAGUGUAUGAUACCAUUGUUUGAGAAUAAAGUAAAUUGAACAGCACAGUACCGAG